AUGCCUUCAAAGGGCAAGAAGAACUCAAAGCCCCAAUCGAGGCUGUCCAACUCUGACAGCUUUGCUUCUUCUGGGUCUCUCGAUUUCGAACCCAAUGAAGUCAAUUUUGCCUCCUGUCUUGAACAAGCUUCCACCAAAUACCCAUCUCUCAUUGCCAAAUCUGCCUUCAUUGCCCAACUCACCGAUGUCGAUGACUCCCCCAAAGGCUGUAAAGUUUGGCUUUCUGAGCCUUCCAUGGUUUCCCAUUCCUUCACUCCUGGCUCCAUUGUUUCGGUAAUGUUAUUGGCUGCUGUAUAUUCGGAGAGUUUUCCUCUCAGCACAUUAGCAGAUGAAUGUGCUAGACGUUUCGGGGUUGGGGCUUGCCAACAGUUGGAUCACGAUGAACCAGGGAACUACUUUGCUCUUGCAACUAUAUUUCCGUCUGCUAAGGUUUUAAAGAAUGGGGUACGGUUGUCAUCAAAUCUUUCAAACACCAUGGGUUGUCUUGCAUCAGGCAGGACCAUAUUUAUCCAUUCCAUACAAAAUACAGUCCGAGCUGGUCUUUUCAGUGGUACAGAAAAACCACGAAGUACCAAAGAUUGCCUCUUAGUGUCCGAUUGUAAAGAGUUAAAUUUGGAGCUAGUCCAUUCCAACCGUAGAUUGACUAUGAACAGUACCUCUACAAACCUAUCUGCUGAAAAAUCAUUAUACCAGCCUGAGAAUGGAGUGCUUGCGUCCCCUAAGACACCAUUGAAUCGAUCGAAACUUAGCUAUUCUAAUAGCAGCCCAUUAGCUUCAGCUCGACGUGAGGAGUCAGCAUCAAGUGUAAUCACUCCGGAUGAGUCAUUUGUUGAACCUUUUGAUGUUGAAGAGGUGUUUGGGGAUGACACGUCAAAAAGACUUCUUCAGACGUGUGCUACUACAUGGUUGUAUUCUCGUUGUUUACUUCGUGGAAAUCUGGUGACUAUUCCUGUACUUUCACAGCAUUGUUUACUUCGAGUCAUUGGUGCUAAGAAGUUAUCAGAUGAUAAAGCUAAUCGUGAUUUGCUUCAUGAGUCCUCUGAGUUAGUGGACGAAGUAAAUGAUGCUUUUCUAGUGAAGCGGGAGACAAAAGUGUGCUUUCAUUUGCCAUCAAACCUGGAAUCUAAAAGAAGAGAUCUUUCUACAGUGCAAUACAAGGAUGCUAUAGCUAAUACAGGAGAUGAAUUAUCAGGAUUGGGUGGUCUGUCAAAAGAAUAUGCAGUUUUGAAGGACAUCAUAAUAUCAUCAUCUAUGGACACCUUGUCACGUCUUGGUUUACGACCUACAAAGGGAGUGCUUCUUCAUGGUCCACCUGGUACGGGAAAGACUUCUUUGGCUCGAUUAUGUGCCCGUGAUGCUGGUGUCAACUUUUUCUCUGUCAAUGGACCUGAAGUUGUGAGUCAGUACUAUGGAAAAAGUGAGCAAGCUCUACGUGAAGUUUUUGACUCAGCUAGCCAAGCUGCACCUUCUGUGGUAUUCAUUGAUGAGUUGGAUGCAAUUGCACCUGCAAGGAAAGAGGGAGGUGAAGAGCUAUCCCUGAGAAUGGUUGCUACACUGCUGAAUUUGAUGGAUGGGAUUACUACAACUGAAAGAGUACUUGUAAUUGCUGCUACCAACAAGCCUGAUAGUAUUGAACCUGCACUCAGACGACCUGGAAGACUUGACAGGGAAAUUGAACUAGGGGUGCCAUCUCCCAAGCAACGGCUUGAGAUUCUACAUGUUCUUGUCGGUGAAAUGGAGCACUUUCUUUCAGAUGUGCAAGUCCAACAACUUGCUAAUGCUACACAUGGUUUUGUAGGCUCUGAUCUAGCUGCCCUUUGCAACGAGGCAGCUUUCAGUUCUCUUAGGCGUUAUGUCAGUUGUAGAUACCCACAUGAUUAUUUGCACAGAGCAUCCAGUACUUAUGAAGAUUGUUCUAACAGUCUAAUGACUUCUGAUUGCUUAGAAGCUUCAACAGACAUGUCAAAGGAUUACUCAGAUACCACAUCUUCAUCUAUCACACACUUAGCGUUUACUUUAGAGAAUUGUUUGUCUCUGCAUUCUAAAGGAACAAAUCAAGAUGAUGAUGAAGAAGAAUUAAAAGUGGCCUUUGAAGAUUUUGAAAGUGCCAGGAUGAAAGUGAGACCUAGUGCUAUGCGAGAGGUAAUCGUUGAAGUCCCAAAGGUUAAUUGGGAAGAUGUUGGUGGUCAAACGGAGGUGAAGAAUCAAUUGAUAGAAGCUGUAAUGUGGCCCCAAAUGCACCAAGACGAAUUCAAGCGUAUAGGGAUUUCUCCCCCCACAGGGGUCCUUAUGUUUGGUCCUCCUGGUUGCAGCAAAACCCUCAUGGCUCGGGCAGUAGCUUCUGAGGCACACCUCAAUUUCCUUUCUGUGAAGGGUCCAGAACUUUAUAGCAAAUGGGUUGGCGAAUCUGAGAAGGCUGUGAGAUCAGUGUUCGCAAAGGCAAGGGCUAAUGCCCCAGCAAUCAUAUUCUUUGAUGAAAUUGACGGUCUUGCUGCCAUUCGUGGGAAGGAAAAUGAUGGAGUUUCUGUUUCAGAUAGGGUCAUAAGUCAACUUCUUGUCGAAAUGGAUGGUUUGCAAGAAAGAGUUGAUGUCACUGUUAUUGCGGCUACAAAUAGGCCCGACAAGAUUGAUAGUGCGCUUCUAAGACCAGGACGCUUUGAUCGGUUGCUAUAUGUGGGACCCCCGGAUGAGACUGAUCGAGAAGAGAUAUUUCGUAUCCAUUUGAACAAUAUGAAAUGCAGCUAUAUCAACAGACGUGAUCUUGCUCGUCAGACAGGAGGCUACACAGGUGCUGAUAUAAGAUUAAUCUGUCGGGAAGCAGGUCUUGCAGCUAUUGAGGAGAGCCUUGAUGCCCUAGAAAUUAAAAUACAACAUUUAGAGACUGCGAUUAGACAAGUCAAGCCAACAAAAACUCAGUUUUAUCAAGAGCUAUCUGGAAAAUUUCAAAGACUCGUUAUUUCUAAUAUAAACCAAGGAAAUUCUUUUUAG